AUGAGUGCAGCAAAGCGGGUCUUCGUUGUCGGCGGCUCUGGGUUCCUGGGCCAGGCGAUCUGCCUCCUGAGCCGCCACGGCGCACCCGCCAUCGACGCGUCUAUGCGCGGAUCAAUCGGCCAGCACAUCCUACAGAACAUUGAAUGGAUCAAGGGUGACGCCCUGAAGCCCGACACAUACCGUGCCCAGCUUGAGGGCUGCACCGCAGUUGUGCACAGUGUUGGCGCGCUGAUGGAGAACGACUACAAGCGGUUCGUGCGUCUUGGCAGUUCCAGCAGUGCAUCGACAAAGCAGACAACGUACGAGAAUGCUAACCGCGAUACGGCAUUAGAGGUGGCAAGAGUGGCGAGGGAGACUGAAAGCGUGCGUGCGUUUGCGUUUAUUUCGGCCACAGACUUCAUGCCGUUCCUGGAUCAUCGCUAUAUCGCCACGAAGCGCGAGGUUGAGGCCGAGCUCAUGGCACACGCACAGGAGAUGCGCCCAGUUAUCCUGCGCCCAGGCUUCAUGUACUCUGGCUCGCGGCCAGUGACACUGCCGCUUGCAGCGGGCGUGGAGGCAUUCCGCAACUUGUUCAACAAGACGCCAGUCGGAUGUGUGCUCAAGAACACGCCGUUUGCGAAGGCUGCGCAUGUGGCAUUACGGAGAGAGAUUGUCGCCAAUGCUGUCAUUAACUCGCUGGAGGAUCCAAGCGUAUCGGGCGUGUUGAGUAUUGACGACAUUGUCCGCAUCUCAACCGGCAAGCAGCUGGAAAGCUGA